AUGUCUUCCACCAUGAAAACCACCCUCUCAGCCUCCGCUCUCAUCGAGGCCCUCUCCAAACUCGCACUCUCAGACAACAUUUCUGAGACCAGCGACGACCACUCCACCUCAAGUAACGACACAUCGGAUUUCAACGACCGCAGUAUUGAUGUGCGAGACGCUAGACUCGCUAAUGCGAUUCUAUGUCUCGACGAGGAUAUUCCAGAAGGCCUUGAUAGUUCCGUCAAAGACCUCCUCCAGAAGCACGCUAGUAGCACCAACGCUAGCGCUUUGGGACCAAUGUCAUUCCUGGUCUCAGACCAUUACCUGGAGUUCAAGGCGGCACAAGCUGCUAAGAAGGCCACGGAGAAAAAGCUUCCUCGGUCGAAGGGCAGCACUGCACGAAAAUCCGCGAUCUGCCCUCUAAGCGACAACAAUCAACAACCACAACCAUAG